AUGCAGACAGGAAGCUGCUGCGAUGAUAGUACAGGCAGUCUAGGUGGAGAUAGUGAAACAAAUACCACUGUUGCUAGUAGUCCUGGUUUUGAUCUUCCUGUGUCUAAGGGCUCACCAUUGUUACCAGAACCUCCUGAAGACAUUAUUUUAUCUCAACGUGCAAUAUACGAUAAUUUAAGCUCAACAUCUGGAAAAGAAAUAAGCAAAAUGGAAAAUCCUAUCAGUUCCAGUUUGUCGAACACUACUACUAACGUCAUGAUUUGUGAAUCUUCAACACCUAAAUCUGUCAAAGCAGCUAAUUUCAUCCCUCCUAAUCCAUUUACUAAUCCCCAUCCUUUGAACCACCGAUUCACUUCAACCACUUGUACACCGUCUACAUUUCCUUCGCCUGGAUCUGCCUUUACAGAACUUCAUCCGAAGAUUGGAUCAUCUGGUAAAACUAGUUGUUUUGUUCAACCUACAGCAAUAACGUCGUCUAUGUCGCCUAAAUCACUGAACAAGGAAAGUAUUCAGUCAAAUUAUCCAACUAGUAAUGCUCGAAAUGAAUUGUCGGAAUGUAUUCCUAAAACUACAGUUGCGGUAAAACAUUUAUGUCGUAUCUGCGGUCAGUCACAUGAUCCAACCUCACCUCAUAUAUAUAAUUAUACACAAACUGUGGAUGCUGAUUUAUGCUGUACAUUAUGUUGUCAACCUUUGAUUGAUCCCCUUGAUACUAAAUGUGGUCAUACGUUCUGUUCGCCGUGUUUAAAGAAUCAUUUAGCUGUUCAAGCUCUUUGUCCUGUGGACAGACAAAUUAUCAAUUAUUUAGAAUGUCAACAAGCUUCUAAUAUUGUUAAACGAUUAUUAGAUAAACUAUUAGUUGCUUGUCCUAAUUCACCUACCUGUGAUAGUAUAGUUUAUCGUUCAAAUCUUGAAGAACAUUUACGUGAUUGGUGUAUCAAGCUGCAUCCACCUCGUGAACGGUUAAUACAAAGUGGUGGAGUGAAACCAUCGCGUCCAGUUCAAAAUAAUCCAUCUAAAAAUGUAUUUUUGUCUACUUUCAUUGGAACUGAAUCACACGAUUCAGGUAUGUUUCCACCAACAAUAUCUGAGUCAACAAGAUGUCAAAGGAUGAUGGAUCCACAGAUCAUACAUCAACAGCAACAACAGCAAAGAAACAUGAAUUUUCACAGUCCAAAUAGUGACUCCAGUUUUGGUAUUGUUUAUCCUAAUCAAUAUAUGAAAGAGUUUCCUCAUAGUUUCUCAUCAGUUACGCGGAGAGGAUCAGAUAAAAUAAUCAAAACGAACUAUCAGAACAGUUUACCGCGUAUUGAAGAUCAGUCUGACUCACCAGUUAUAUAUGAAGGUGUUCCUGUUUCAAUUAUAAUCUGUCGUCCACCUAAUUGCCUAGAUUUGGGUUUCACUUUUGUCGGUGGUAUUGAUACACCGUUGUAA